UCUUGGAUCCUAACCCUGGCCAUCUGGGUUAUUUACCUCACUGAUAACUAAGUACUUUUUAUUUUUUUAAACACGUGUAGUAUUCCUAAAGGAUACCGACGAUUCUCCAUACUUUUUAAAUAGCAAAUGAUUUAAAAAUUGUAACUAAGUAUCCGGCACAAUGAAGAUACAAAAGAAGAAAAAUAAAAUUACUGUAAAUGCAGAAACUCUGCCAAGUAACAAAGAAGUAUCACUAUCGGAAAAAAAGAUUAAAAUGAAGAACAAAACUGAUGAUCCUAGUCGUGUAUUAUCUUUGGUCAAAAAGAAUAAGAAGAAGAAGAAGAAGAAAAAAAAUAAGAAUUUAUCCAAGAUACAAAACGAAAAAACAGAUCCACAGACGAAUGGAGUUUCACAAAUCGAAAGUGUAGAUCUCGAUGCAUCGGAAGACGUUACGCCGAAAGAAAAGAAGAGAAGUAAGAGCUUAGAAAAUUCUGUAGAUAAAAUAGAUCAAACUUCCGCUAAAAAAAUAAAGUUAGAUAAUAAGAUCGAUAAAUCGAAUCAGGUUCAAAAUAAAAAAAAUGAAGCAGAGCCAAAAAAUAUCUCUUUCAGUGUAGAAGAAUUAGAAGAAAAAAUCAAAGCUAUUUCUAGUAGAGAAAAUAUUUCGAAAACCGCACGUAGAAAUUUAGCUGUAUUGAAAAAAAAGCUUAAAGUAAAACAAGAAUUUCUUGCAUCAGCAUCAGUUACUUCAACCGUCAGUGGAACAGAAGAAGAAAAAUUAAAUGCAGAAAAAAAUCCGCAAACUUGCGAUGAUAAAGUUAAAGAUGUCGAAAAGAAUGAACUGGAAGAAAUCGACGGUGGAACUCAGAAGUCAGAACUUGAAAAAAAAUUGAUAGCCGAUAAACGAAAACAAAAAAAUCGUGUCAAAAAAUCGAAGAAUUUAAAUAAUGAUGGAGAGAACAUGAAAAAAGAAAGUAAUUGUGAUGAUGAUGAAGAUGAUGAUGGCAGUAGUAGUAAAAAAAAGAAAAAAAUAGAUAAUGUAAAUACUUUAAGUGAUUCCAAAGAUUUUGAUAAAGAGACAGAAGAUAUGAAGGAGAAACAGAAUGCGAGUAAAAAGAAGAAGAAUGAAACCCGAACGACUAAUUUUGUGAAAAAAGAAAUGGAUGAGAUUAAAAAUUUAACGGAUGCAAAAGGCGGGAAAGAAGAAAAUGAAGUAAAUAGUAGCAUUCAGAAAAAAGAAAUAAAAGAUACUAAAAAAAAAAUACGAUACGUUCUUUUUAUUGGAAAUAUACCUUAUUCAACAUGCGUUGAUGAUAUUAAGAAUCACUUUCUUACAAAAGUUAGUAAAGUAAUAAGUGUGAGGAUUCCUACUGCGAAACAAACACAUAGUCCUCGAGGAAUAGCUUACGUAGAAUUUAGUAAUAGCACUGAUUAUGAGAAAGGAUUGUCGUUACAUCAUUCCAUUUUAAAUGGCCGAAGAAUAAAUGUUCAGUACACUCAGAGUGGUUCAAAAAAUGCUGGAAAAAAAUCGGAAAUAGUAUCGAAAAAUAAAAAGUUACAUGCUCUUCGCAGACAAGGAAAACUGGCUGGCAGUGUUAAACAUACACAGAAACGUAAUAAUAAGAAAAAUAUUUAAAAAAGCCAGACAACUUAAUAGAAAAUAAAAGUGCUAUAAAUCAAAUAAUUUAAAUAAAACUUUUUAUCACCGAAGAAUCUACACAGUAAAAAAUAUUGUGUUAAAAUCAACAUAAUCUGUGUGUUAAAAAAGGGUCCACACAAUAUUUGUGUUAUUUUUUAACACAGACUAUUUUUAUUGAAUUGCGACACUGAAUUUGUGUUUGAUUUCAACACAAAAUUCGGAUAUUGAGACAAGUCAAUUCAACACUUUAAAUUUCAGUGGUGACACGAAAAAAUGUUAACUUUUACAUUUUAUUUUUGUACCAUGGAUUCUAAUUUAAUAUAAUUUAUAUAAGGUACCCGCGAGUAAUAAGGCCUAAGUGACAGAAAUGAUAUUUAAAAUAACCGCCUCCGCUAAAGGCUACUCUAGUAGAAGGGUCUUGCAUAGAGAUGUUCGUCCUCUGUCUUCUAUAUUUCAUCAUCCAUCACAUGCUGUCGUAGCGCAGAAGAAAUUAUAAAAAACAAUCUAGUUUUCUGACUCUUGAAAAGAAUACUGAUAAUUUCAAAUGCUGUUGAGCAAAACAAUCUAGUCUUCUGAUUCUUAAAAAGUAUUGUUGCUAAAUUUAAGUGAUGAUUCAUCUCUAAUACCAAUUUUAUUAAGUAUAGUUAAAUUAUUCCAGUUUGUUUAACCCGUAGGCCUUAUUAUCCUACCGUAGUAAAAUAAGGCCUAUUCGUAUAGUUUUUGUAAAAGUAUAAUUUUUUGUUCGUUUAUGGUAAAAAUUACCAUUACUUGAUUACAUUUUAUGGGUAAUGUAUUGAAAUAAAGAUUGAUGAUACAUUUCGAUUAUUAAAUGCAAUAUUUUCGAUUCUAUGCAAAAUCUCCCUUAGCUAGGCCUUAUUACCCGCUGGUACCUUGGUAUUUUGAGAUUUUUAAAACUGAUCAUUAUUAUUAAAUACUCUAAUAUUCUACUAUUUUUGAUAGUAAAUAAUGUUUUUAUUAAUUCCUAUUAAUAAAAAUAGUUAUUAAUAGUAAUUAAUUAUUAAUUUCUUUUACAAAACCAAAAACAUAUUUUUAUUUAUCGUAAAAAUAAUUUUUACAUCGGAUAAAAUCAUUCAAAAUUAUAACUCCAUUUUUUUGAUUAGUAUGAUGAACAUUCCAGCUUUUAGCAAAUGCUAAAUUUAAUGUAUUUACAAUAAAAGUUUAGAAGUUUAAUUGACAUUCACAAAAUGUGGAUUUCAGUUUAAUUUUUCUACUAAUUCUUCUGUGUCUAUCGAUUGAGUUUUCAACAUAACUUUUGUAAUAAUGUUAAAGGAACACUUAAUAAAAGUCGAUAAUUAGAAUUUUUGUACUAAGAAACGUUUUUAAAAUAUCAAACAGUUAAUUGAUUUAAAAUUUUCCAGUAUUGCAGUGCAAUAUGUUGAUUUAACACAAAAACUUUAACACUGACCCUUUUUAACACAUACACAAUAUUUUUUACUGUGUAUACACUCUAAAACUAACUGCGUUACAAAUGUAUUAUUUCAACAUACAUUGAAUGUGUUCCAUGUUUAAGACCAUAAGCAAAACUUGUUUGAAAUGCAUUAAAAUUGUUAGUUGAACUAUUAAUGCAUCAAUUAUCUGUUGCAUGCGCUCCACAUUUUUUUUGUUUUAAAUCUUAUAAGUAUUUUCAUAACUAUUGAAAAUUCACAAUUAUAAAUUUUCAGGACUAUCUGUAAGAAGUUCGGAAUUUGUAUGUGGUUUUAAAUCUUCAUGAAAAUGAGAAAUAUUAUUUGAUACUUUUUAGUUCGUUUUAAAAAUGUGGUAUAUUAAAAUUUUUUUUUAUUUCGAUAAUUAUUUUCUGCUUUUUAGUAUUGUGUGAGUGAAAUUUUGAAAUCAAUUGUAAAAGCCUGGAUAAGAUAAUGACGGAGACAUGCGACAAAUUUCAGGUUUAUUUCAGUUUCUUUUCACUUAAUUAAAUCUGAAAUAGAAAGUCGCUAUUUCUACCUACCAAUAUAUCAAACUCAUUUUUUAUAAGAUUUAUACUUCAAAAUAUUAAAACGAAUCAAAGACA